CCUAACGUUUACGCCCCCGUGCCCCUGCCCUGCAGUGCCUGGUGGUACCCCGUGUCAGCGUCUCCUCUCUCAGAGGUCCGCGAGUCGUAGCACCGCUCAUGUGUUCCCCGCCCUCACUGGCUGUGGAUAAAGCUUUCAGGUCAUAUGCAUAUGGUUUGGGAUGAGAGGAUAGGGGCGCUGACAGCAGCAGCACAAUAGCGACAUCAAGUGGCUCACUGAAAGCAACUUUGAACUUUUAGAGUUUUUAUGAAUGUUUUGCGUAUGUUUCAGUCAGGCUAAGAUUUUAGAAAAUCCUUCAGUAGGGCUGCUUCCUUUUUCAUCUAUAAAAGCACGCAAAUGCAGCGUGUGCGUGGAGUUUACUUGAGGUGGAAGAAAUGAAGCCGACCGUGAGUGGCGCUGCAGAUCCUUCAUCCACAGCACCGGCAGACAACAACGCAGGGAGGAGGAGGAGGCAGCACCGGGCUCCCUCGCCGGCUACAGCCCAGGAGGGGGCAUUAAAGAUUGUUCCCAGACACCCGGGCAGCUCCAGGCCUCCUGAUCGUGCAGGGAGAAGCGGGGACUUUGGGUUGAGGGACAGCCUGAGCACCGCAGACAGAAGGGAGAGGGAGCCCGAGAGCCGCGGAGGGGCAGCUGUUCACCCGGAUGGUGCUGAAGCUGAGCUCGUCAAAGCAAACAGGGCGGAUGCUGUCGAGGAAGAUCCGGUAGAUUAUUUCCCAGCGCCGACUCUAGGCUCUGCCUUACCCCGCUUUAAAGGUGACUCCACACAGCGUUUGUUUUCCGGCAGAGCUUAUUCGCUCAGAGAAAAGGAGAGGAAGCCAGCUGAGAGAAGCGGACACGGGAAAAGAAACGACGUGUCCGCGGCCUGUGGAGCGGGCCUCGGUUUGGGUCUGUGGAAAGGGCGAUGUUUACAGGCUGAGCUGAUUCACUUCCACCUGCAGAAGAGACUCAAGAAGAGGGGAGCUAAGAUGCAAGCCAAAGCGGACAGCACUGGGACGUCGGAGGCCGCCCUGGAAGAGCCGGAGCCGGCUGCAGAGGCGACAGAGGCGGGGUCCGUGACACAGCAGGACCAGGCCCUGGAGGAGGAGAUGGAGAGGCUGCUGGAGGAAAACGAAGAUCUCAAGUGUGAGAUUGAAGAAAUGAGGGCCGAGAUGGACGAGAUGCGAGACACUUUCUAUGAAGAAGACACUUGCCAGCUCCAGGAAAUGAGACGUGAGCUAGAGAGAGCCAAUAAAAACUGCAGAAUCCUGCAGUAUCGUCUGCGGAAGGCUGAGAGGAAGAGGCUGCGCUACGCCCAGACAGGAGAGAUCGAUGAAGAGUUGCUCAGGAGUCUGGAGCAGGAUCUAAAGGUAGCAAAGGAUGUGUCUGUGAGGCUCCACCAUGAGCUGGAAAAAGUGGAGGAGAAACGCACUAAGACGGAGGAGGAGAACGAAAAGCUGAGACAGAAACUCAUAGAGGUGGAAGUGACCAAACAAGCCCUGCAGAAUGAACUAGAAAAAACCAAAGAGUCUCAAAAAAGAAGAGGAAGCAAGGACGUCCAGAAGAGUGACAAGAAAGCAGCACAGACUCCCACUGAGGAGGACAAUGAGGACCUGAAGUGCCAGCUAGCUUUCAUCAAAGAGGAGGCUGUGCUAAUGAGGAAGAAAACAGCCAAGAUUGACAAGGAGAAGGACCGGCUAGAGCAAGAGCUGCAGAAAUACCGCUCCUUCUAUGGAGAACUUGACAGUACCCACCCUAAAGGGGAGGCUGGGGGGCCACCCACCACGCGUGAGUCAGAGCUGAAGCUACGCCUUCGACUGGUGGAGGAGGAAGCCAACAUCCUCGGGAGAAAGAUAGUUGAGUUAGAGGUUGAGAACCGUGGAUUGAGGGCUGAGCUUGAUGACCUCCGGGGAGAAGGAGAGAGCGGUGGAGGGUCUGGUUGUGGAGCGACGGGUGGGCCGGGCGCGGGACGAGGCCUGGGGGAUGAUCUGACAGAGCUCAGACAACAGCUACAGCUGGUGGAGGAUGAGGCAGAGCUCCUGAGGAGAAACCUGGCUGAUGCUGAGGAACAGAACAAGAGGGUGACAGCUGAACUGAACAAGUUACGCUUCAAAGCCGGCACUCAUGAAGGAGGUGCCAGGCAUGGAGGAGGAGGAGGAGUUACAGGAGGAGCAGGCAUUGAUGGAGCAAAGGCAGAAGCCCUCCAGGAGGAGCUGAAAGCUGCAAGGCUGCAGAUUAAUGAUCUAAGUGGCAAGGUAAUGCAGCUGCAGUAUGAGAACCGAGUGCUCCUCUCCAACAUGCAACGCUACGAUCUGGCUUCUCAUCUCUCCCUGCGGCCGAGCCCACGGGACAGUGAUGCAGAGAGCGAUGCCGGUGGCACAACGAGCGGUCGCCGUGAGAGCGACGAGGACUCCACCUCAUCCCGCCUGCUCCCUCCUCACCGCAAACGUGAGGGUCCUGUUGGUGGGGAAAGUGACUCAGAUGAGGUGAGAAACAAUAACGGCAGCAGUCACUGCUUGACGCCCACCCGGGGCCUCUACACCCCUACUGGGCCAGAGGGCGCCGCCUCCUCCGCCUUAUCCCGCUUCCUGCCUGGUGGCCGGUGCACCCUGCGUGAGCGGCAGCAGAUGAUAGAUAUCCGCGUGGAAGCGGAGAGGCUCGUUCGCACCAUUGAUAGGCUCAUCGCCGAUACUGCCACCAUCAUCUCGGAGGCGAGGGUCUACGUUUCAAAUGGCGACUUAAUGUUCGGGAGGUCCGGCGAGGAGGGCGGGGAAGAUGAUGGGAGCAGAAUCAGGGAACAUGAGCUGCUGUAUCGCAUUAACGCCCAGAUGAAAGCCUUUCGAAAGGAACUGCAGGCCUUCAUAGACAGACUGGAAGUGCCGAAGCUAGAGGACAGGGAGGCAGAGGAGCCGCUGUCGGUAACCGACAGCACAGUAAAAGCUCAGCACUUACCGAGGUUGCACUCACAUUAGAGGAAGUGUGGCCAGCUUCAGCACUGGAGUCUGCAUUAUCAUCACGCAUCGUCAUCUGCAUAAGGCGCUUGAGACGGUGGAAGACUAAGGCUGAUUUCACACUGGAAGGAAUUCUGAUCAUCAUCAUAAGAAGGAGUCAAGGACCCCAGAAUUCCCAACAGGGUCUUGAUUAGGGGUUGCUAUUAGUAAUUGAUGGCGUGGCAGAUGAACAGUAGCAACUGUCUUCAGAUGUUCACCGCAGCAGAAUGAGUCACAGCUUUAGGUUACUCCAGGACAUGGGAUGGGAGUGUGCAUAUUUUACUUCUUUGCACCGUUUGAAGCAUAAAGUAUGUGAUACCUCUACUGAGUGUGUGGCUUGAUUGUUAGUUUGAAGUAUUUUUUUAUAUUAAAGCUUUAAAUAUUAAAUCUCCACAAAUUAGAUGUAAAUGCUGUAUUAUUAUUUUUAUUAUUGUUUGUGUGUUGUUGUUGUGUUUUUGUGACUGUCUCCAAUAAAGAUAUUACUCAGUGUGACACAUUAUUACUCACAGUGUCACACGCACUCAUUUGGCAUCCCUUGGAAAAAUGAUUUGCAGCUGGGCACGGUCACAAGGCAAAAUCUGCCCAAGCGUCCGAAAGCAGAGUAGCAACAGAGAAGCUGAUUGGUCGAGAGACCGCAGCAGCUGAAAUAGCUAUGUAAACACUUUCCCCUCUCUCCGCGAGCCCCGGUAAUUAUAGCAGGGAUGCUGGUGACGACAGUUUGUCCCAUCGAGACUUCAAAUGCUGGAAUAAAUUUGACAUUAUGAUAUUUGACCUCCGCCUCACGUAAACACCGGGGAGAGGUAUAAAGUGUGGGUACCCCGGCUGGAACAGAAGUUGUUUACCCUUUAGCUCAACGCUCCUCGAGGAGGAGGACAAGGGGAUCCUUUAAAUUCAACCCCCGAGGGUUUUGUUUUUUUUUUUUUUUUUACGUAACACUGUGGAGGCAAAAGCGAGGGGGACGCAGCGGAGAGAGGGCAGUUGAAAAUAAUUGGCGAGCAGGAACAGUUGAAAGGACCGGAGAGACCAGGGACUAGACUGAGGAGUUACACCCGACGGCAGAUAAAACUUUUACGUAGA